CAAUAAAUUGAAUUUUGCAAUUUUUCUUGUCUUCUUACAGAUUGAUAAGCAAAAAACUCAUAUCGACAACAUCAGAAACUUUUGAUUAAGACUUAAAUCCUCAUGGUUUCAUGAACAGCAGUCAGAGAACUCAAUAAUGACAAAAAAUGUGACACUUUUCCUUUGAGAAUAAACAUGGGUAUAACAAUAUUGGCAAGAAUGUUGCUGUUGAUUUCCUCUGUGACUUUAAUAUCACUCUUGGCAUUAUCAAAAUGCGGACUUAGCGGUGCUCUAGACAACAAUGGUAUCGAUGAGGCUAUUUCACAUCCAGUACGGUCGUCUUUGCGUAAUGAAGAGCAACAUACGUUGUUAAUGGAGCAGCGGGAAGAAGAAAAUCAGCAAGAAAUUGCGAAACUUAAAGCUGAGAUUAAAAAUCUUAAAAUAGAGCUGUUUCAACUAAAAAACAAUGCAAUAAUAUCAGACCAGCUGAUGGCACUAAAUACAUCAGCAUCAGUAUCACCUCAACAGCAGCAGCAAUCUGCAUCGUAUCAACUAGAUUGUACAAAUUAUAUUCGUCGACAAGUUGGGAAUGCUGAAAUCCUUCAUGGAAUGUCAAUGAAUAAUGAAUAUGAAUUGGUGCCGUUCAAUCAUUUCACAUUCAGUCGAGUUUAUCCAAUAGAUUUAGGUUUAGGAAAGCGAGUAGUUGAGAAGCCGAUAGGCUAUAAACGAAAAGAUUUACUUGAUGCUCUCAAUCGAGCCUUAGAGUCGUUAAAUAAAAAUGCCACCCUUCCGAAUCAUCGGUACACACUCGAUGAUUUUAUCGAAGGAAUUUAUCGUAAUGAGCCAACAACUGGUACACAAUAUGAACUUUAUUUUCGUACGAAAGAAAUGAAUAAUAAGACAAAUAGUCCAAUACCAUCGUCAUCAUCAUCUCAUCAUAAUGAUCAUGGUACGACAAAAAUUAUUGUUAUGAGACCGUUUGCACCGCUGCAGACCAUACAAAUUGAAAGAUUUCCUAAAACGGCUGAGAAGGAAAUCAUUCACAUCAUUUUACCGCUAUCCGGACGUAUAGCAACAUUUCAAGGAUUUAUGGAUAAAUUUGUAAAAAUUGCUCUAAAAAAUGACCGUCGUGUUCAGUUAACAGUCGUUUAUUUCGGCGAGGAUGGUCUCUCUGAGGCACGACAAAUUAUGAAACGCAUUGUUGCUCAGAAAAGUGCUUAUUCUUCCAAUUUAAAAUUAUUAGCCUUAAAUGAAACGUUUUCUAGAGCAAAAGGACUUCGAGUCGGAGCGGAACAGAUAUGGAAUGAGGAUAAAAGUCGAGGGAAGAAUAAUAAGGACGUUUUACUUUUUAUGUGCGAUGUGGAUAUUGUAUUUAGUGCAAAAUUCCUAGACCGAUGUCGAUGGAAUACUAAGCCAAAUCGUAAAGUUUACUAUCCGGUAGUUUUCAGUCUGUAUAAUCCACACGUAGUUUAUACGCUGCAAGGUAAAGAAAUGCCAUCUGAAACGGAUCAACUUGUAAUCUCGAGAGAUACUGGAUUUUGGCGAGACUUUGGUUACGGUAUGACAUGCCAAUAUCGAUCUGAUUUCCUUAAGGUUCGAGGAUUCGAUGAAGAGAGUGUUGGUUGGGGAUAUGAGGAUGUAAUGUUAUAUCGUAAAUAUGUUAGGUCAAAUAUUAAAGUAAUUCGAGCUACUGAUCCUGGAAUAUUUCACAUUUGGCAUCCGAAGGUCUGUUCCGGUUCACAAAAUGGUCAAAAAAUGUCUGCCGAUCAAUAUCGUGCGUGUAUACGCUCAAGGGCCCUCAAUGAGGCAUCACAUCCACAACUUGGCUUUUUAGCCUUCCACGAUGAAUUAAUGUUAAAUAAUCAGACUGAAAUAAAUCACAAUUCCAAUAAUAAUAUUAAUAUUACUAAUUCUAAUAAUAAUAGCAGUAGUAAUAAUAGUGUUUAUGAGCUAAGAAGUACGAGAAGACAAAUAAACUCGAAUAGACAACAACAUGUAACGACAAAAAGUGCUCGUGCCAAAGUCUCAUCACAAACAACUACAAGGAAAGCCACAUGAUCUUUUGUAAUACAUCAGGAGAGCUUUUGGAAAAUUGAAUUUUAAAUAUAAAUGAAAAUAAUAUCAGAACUGCUCAUGUAUUUCCAAUCAGCAGAUUUUUUUAUAAGCAUGUAUACAUAAAUUAUUAUGUGUAUCCGUUCAUGUUUUUUGAACAUUCGCAAAAAUCUAUACGAUCAUAAACAUAUGCCGCAAAGGAAUUCUCACUACAUAUUAAUCAAAAUGAAGUUUCUCAUGAAUUUAAUAUUGGAUAUACGAAAAUGAAGAUGUUAAAUUUCUUUGAAUGAAUGAGAUGAAAGUGUAGCUUUGAGGGAAUUUGGGUUUACUAAGAAUUAAUGGAUAUUUGUUAUUUAGGUUUCGGAUCAAAUGUUGUCUUUUGUAGUUUAAGGUUAAGUUUGUAUGAAGUCAUACUUUAGCAACCAAUAUGACUUUGAAAAUUCUUCAAUUCACAAAUUCUCGAACUUUUAACUAAGAUCUCGACUGGUUCGACUCCUAGGCACCAAACAUCCCAUCAAUUCCUAGCAAAAUCCAGCAUUUGCAGACACAAAACAUACAAAAACUGAGUGAAAUAUCAUAUACAACUCAAUAUAAGUAAACAUGUUUAAAGGCAACAAAGUAUUGAGGAUAUGUGACAUGAGAGAUUUUUUAUUUCACCACACGAACACACUAAAUUAUGCAUAAACACGUAAGCGAAUGUGAAGAAGAACGUUAUGAAAUAAAAAACUUUUUUUUUUCGAUAUAAUAAAUCAAACUUUUCCAAUUGAAAAGUUUUUCAAUAAAUGAUGAGUGUAUCGAAGACUCUUCGGCAUAUAUUCAUCAUAUAUAAUAUUAUUUUACUUCCUUUCGUAAAUAAAAAAAAGGGACGAAAUGAGAGAAGUUAUUAUGAUGUGUUGACAUCGUAAACAAAAAAGGAAUCGACGAAAAUGGAAAUGAAAAUUUUUCCUGUUUUGUAAAUAGACGAAAAAAUUAAAUUUUUAUCUCUUUCGAGAAAGAGAUCUACAGCUAAGUGAAACCAAAGAUACACAAUAGAAUUUAAUGAUGAUAAAUUUAACUUUUUUAUCGUAAUUCUGUCCUUUUUUCUAUGUAUAUGAAAAUCUACUAAGUUGUUGUCUAAGUUUAUUGUUAAAUCAUUUUUCAAAUAUUUAUCAGCAUAAGGAAUAUUUUUUAUUGUAAAUUAAUAAGAAGCUCAAAAUGAAAAUUUGAUUGUGAUCGAUGAGUAAAUAAAAGUUCAUGCUAGUCUAAUUUUAAUAAGUCAGGAUUGUGGGAACAUUGUUUUGGCUGGAUCAGAUCAUAGCUGUGUUAUUGACCCUAAUCCUUGAGAAAGUCUGAUUUCUAAGAAAUCCAGCAGCCAGAAUUUACAUAAGCUUAACAUAAUUAUCCAGAUAUGGUCAAUAUUUAUCUUAGUCGACUGAAUAAAGACACAUCUGAGCAAUACCAAAGAUUAGAUGGGAUUAGAUAAGAUUAGGUAUGUUUAGAAAAGUCUGGGCUAGUCUACUCAGAUCCAAGAAGGUCCAAACGAACCAAAUUUUAAUCACAGAAAGACUCAAACCUUAUCAUUCCCCAAUGUUAGCAAAGAGAACAGAGUCCGUUACAAACAAAAAAAUUUCAAAAUUUUCGUGCGGUAUUUUUUUAAAAUUUCAAUAUAAAAAGUCCGUUACUUUUUAAUUUUUUUUAAACUAGCUGUUUUUUAAAGCAUAAACAUUUAAGGAAUGCAAUUUCAUCACAGUGAUUAUCUUAAUCAUAAAAACUAGUAGGAAUGUUCACUAAAAUUACAAAUUACUCGAAAAAUAAUAAUUCACAACGAAUUUUUUUAAAAAUAAGAACUUCGAAGAUUCGAUUUUCGACAAAUAAGAACCUUAAAAAUUCGAAGUUCGAAUAAUAAGAACUCAAAAAUUUCUGUUUGCUAGCAUUGGAUCAUUCCCUGACAAACAACACUGAAUCAAAAAAAUAAUCACCUAAUUUAUUACUAGAGAAGUUUCAAUCACACCAGGCAGCGCAGCAUGUUGCUAAACUCUCCUUGAACUGUGAUACUUACUAAGUAUUUAGCAACAUAAUAUUUAUCAAAUAAUUGAAUUCCCCCUCCUUUGCAAAUUUCAUCCCAUUAAAUCGAUAUUUCAAUGACAAAUUGCAAAAUGAGAUAAAACCAUUUUGUAACAAAAUCCGCACCUACUGUUCGCUUUCUUUGGAUGAAAAUUGAGCCUUCUGUGAUAAGAUCUUAAAAUGUAUUUCCAGUCAAUACGGUGAAAGAUUCUUUAUCAUCCCCAUCAGUAAACUUUCUAAAUAUAAAUCUCAAUUUGUGAACGCAGCUUGAGUAUUUUGUUCCCUUUUUUUAAGGAACUGAUAUAAAAUACGUGAGUAAAGUGAGGGGGGAUAAAAGCGUACCGUAAAGUUCUAUAUUUAAAAUUUCAUGAAAAUGACGUUUCAACUUUUUUAAUAUAAAUUCACAUUCGUAAUUGAAACCAAAGGAAGGCCUACAAAAAAAAGUUCAAAGAACCGUGAUCUAAAUCCACAAAAAAACAAAUGUUUUCCACAUUUCUGCUUUACUUUAUUUUUGCAAAAAAAAAAAUAACACAGCCACAGCUAAAUGUUACAAAUAAACCGAAUAUGUGAAUAUAAUUUAAUUCACAUGAAUAAUUUUCUUAAUAUUAUUAAUAAACAGUAGAGAAUCCGUAAAGAUAACCCUUGUGAGGGAUUUUGUGAGAUUUUAAUGGUCAAGGUUGUUGGCUAUGAUUAUGGAUGAUCAGAAUACGUUGAAAUGAUAUUUAGACAGUAAGUAAGAGGAUAGGAUGCAAAAAAACUACGAAGCAACUAGAAUUCCAAGUGUCUUGCCAUAGUUCCGAUAGUUCUAUGCAUAUUAUCCUCUUAAUUACUGUCUAGUUAACAUUUAAAUAUGUCUUGAUCUGGGUGGAAUUUCUCAGUUAAAGCUACACUAAUCCUUUUCAGAGUAUAUCAAAUGUUCCUGUCUAAUCUACUGAAUGUUCCUACAAAAAUCAAAGCGCAAGUAAUAAUGUUAAAAUUAAGACGUUCUUGCCUACAAAAUCUCUCAAAAUUCCUCAAAAGGAAAUAUAACCUAAAAAAAAUCUUUAAUAAUAAGUAGAUUUACCGUAGAUUGUUAAUACAUUAAUCAAAAGAAUAACUGUAAAUAAUUAAAAAAAU